AGAGCCAACGCCUGCACGCAUUUCCGGCCCUGUGCUGUUCCGCUUCCCGAAGUCUGUACGACCUGCUGUGUGCAUUCUUUGUGGAACUGUAAGGUUUGAGGAUAGUCUGGUCUGCGGGUUGUUACAUCUCAGAGUUAGCAGCCACAGCCGCCUUUUAGGGGAAGUGCGUCGGGUUCACCGCUGCUCGGGGCGGUCUUUUUUUUACCCCACUGGAGCGGAGGGACAGUGCUGCCAUGACGGCCCCUGCCCAGCCCAAGAAAAUCGUGGCCCCCACGGUUUCCCAGAUAAACGCGGAGUUCGUGACGCAGUUAGCUUGUAAAUACUGGGCUCCGCAUAUCAAGAAAAAAUCACCUUUUGAUAUAAAGGUGAUUGAAGAUAUAUAUGAGAAAGAGAUUGUCAAAUCAAGGUUUGCCAUCAGAAAGAUAAUGCUCUUGGAAUUUAGCCAGUAUCUUGAAAAUUACCUGUGGAUGAAUUAUUCUCCAGAAGUGUCCAGCAAAGCUUAUUUAAUGUCAAUCUGCUGUAUGGUGAAUGAGAAGUUCAGAGAAAAUGUCCCUGCAUGGGAGACUUUUAAGAAGAAGCCAGAUCACUUCCCAUUCUUCUUCAAGUGUAUCUUGAAAGCGGCAUUAGCUGAAACCGAUGGUGAAUUUUCACUCCAUGAACAGACAGUCUUACUGCUCUUUCUUGAUCAUUGCUUCAAUAGUUUGGAAGUAGACUUGAUACGGAGUCAAGUACAGCAGCUUAUCUCGCUCCCAAUGUGGAUGGGCUUACAGCCUGCACGUUUGGAGUUAGAAUUAAAAAAGACACCUAAACUAAGAAAAUUCUGGAACUUGAUUAAAAAGAAUGAUGAAAAGAUGGAUCCAGAAGCAAGAGAACAAGCCUAUCAAGAAAGAAAAUUUCUUUCACAACUAAUCCAGAAGUUUAUCUCUGUGCUGAAAUCAGUCCCACUUUCUGAUCCUGUCACUAUGGACAAAGUUCAUUACUGUGAAAGAUUCAUUGAACUUAUGAUUGAUCUAGAGGCCCUACUCCCUACAAGACGCUGGUUUAAUACCAUCCUGGAUGACUCCCACCUUUUGGUUCACUGUUACCUUUCCAAUCUUGUUCACAGAGAAGAGGAUGGCCACCUUUUUUCCCAGCUUUUGGACAUGCUUAAGUUCUAUACUGGUUUUGAGAUUAAUGACCAGACUGGAAAUGCUCUGACAGAGAAUGAGAUGACUACAAUUCACUAUGAUAGAAUUACUUCUCUACAGAGAGCUGCUUUUGCGCAUUUCCCUGAACUCUAUGAUUUCGCCCUCUCAAAUGUGGCAGAAGUAGAUACCCGGGAAUCGUUGGUCAAAUUUUUUGGACCUCUUAGUUCAAAUACACUGCACCAGGUGGCAUCAUACCUCUGCUUGUUACCAACGCUUCCUAAAGCUGAAGACACAACUUUUGAUAAAGAAUUUCUUCUAGAAUUGUUGGUAUCUCGUCAUGAACGUCGAAUUUCCCAGAUUCAGCAGUUGAACCAGAUGCCUUUGUAUCCAACUGAGAAAAUCAUAUGGGAUGAGAAUAUUGUUCCGACUGAGUAUUAUUCUGGGGAAGGUUGUCUUGCUCUUCCCAAAUUGAAUUUGCAGUUUUUGACUCUUCAUGAUUACCUCCUAAGGAACUUUAAUCUCUUCCGCUUAGAAUCAACUUACGAAAUUAGGCAAGACAUCGAGGAUAGUGUCAGCAGAAUGAAGCCAUGGCAGUCUGAAUAUGGUGGUGUAGUAUUUGGUGGUUGGGCACGAAUGGCCCAGCCCAUUGUGGCUUUUACUGUGGUUGAGGUUGCAAAACCCAACAUAGGUGAAAACUGGCCAACCCGAGUUCGUGCAGAUGUUACCAUCAACCUGAAUGUCAGAGAUCACAUCAAAGAUGAAUGGGAAGGACUCCGGAAGCAUGAUGUAUGCUUUUUAAUUACUGUGCGCCCCACAAAACCUUAUGGUACCAAGUUUGACCGGAGGAGACCUUUUAUUGAGCAGGUUGGCCUGGUUUAUGUCAGAGGCUGUGAAAUCCAGGGCAUGCUGGAUGAUAAAGGGCGUGUCAUUGAAGACGGACCUGAGCCCAGACCCAAUCUUAGAGGAGAAUCAAGGACAUUUAGAGUGUUUUUGGAUCCAAACCAGUAUCAACAAGAUAUGACCAAUACUAUACAAAAUGGAGCAGAAGAUGUGUAUGAAACUUUCAAUAUAAUAAUGAGGAGGAAACCAAAGGAAAAUAACUUUAAGGCGGUGCUAGAGACUAUUCGGAACCUGAUGAAUACCGAUUGUGUGGUACCUGACUGGCUGCAUGACAUCAUUUUAGGCUAUGGGGAUCCAAGCAGUGCACAUUAUUCCAAAAUGCCCAAUCAGAUCGCCACCCUUGAUUUCAAUGAUACAUUUCUCUCCAUUGAGCAUUUAAAAGCCAGCUUUCCUGGUCAUAAUGUUAAAGUAACUGUGGAUGACCCAGCUCUGCAGAUACCCCCUUUCAGGAUAACUUUUCCAGUAAGAAGUGGAAAAGGGAAGAAAAGGAAAGAUGCAGAUGGGGAAGAUGAAGACACUGAAGAAGCAAAAACCUUAAUUGUUGAACCUCAUGUUAUUCCUAAUAGAGGUCCUUAUCCUUACAACCAACCCAAACGUAAUACAAUUCAGUUCACUCAUACACAGAUAGAGGCCAUCCGUGCUGGAAUGCAGCCUGGGCUGACUAUGGUUGUGGGACCACCAGGUACAGGAAAAACAGAUGUGGCAGUCCAAAUCAUAUCCAAUAUCUAUCACAAUUUCCCAGAGCAGAGGACUCUGAUUGUUACUCAUUCCAAUCAGGCCCUGAACCAGUUGUUUGAGAAAAUCAUGGCUUUAGACAUUGAUGAGCGCCACCUCCUGCGUCUUGGUCAUGGAGAAGAAGAGCUGGAGACAGAGAAAGAUUUCAGUAGAUAUGGAAGAGUUAAUUAUGUCCUAGCUCGAAGAAUAGAACUUUUAGAAGAAGUCAAAAGAUUACAGAAGAGUCUGGGGGUUCCAGGAGAUGCUUCAUAUACUUGUGAAACUGCAGGCUAUUUCUUCUUAUAUCAGGUAAUGUCUCGUUGGGAAGAGUAUAUAAGCAAAGUGAAAAAUAAAGGUAACACAUUGCCAAAUGUUACCGAAGUUUCCACUUUCUUCCCUUUUCAUGAGUACUUUGCAAAUGCCCCUCAACCCAUUUUUAAAGGCCGAUCUUAUGAGGAAGACAUGGAAAUUGCUGAAGGAUGUUUCAGGCAUAUCAAGAAAAUCUUUACUCAGCUCGAGGAAUUCAGAGCCUCUGAACUACUUCGAAGUGGGCUUGACAGAUCUAAAUACCUUUUGGUGAAAGAAGCCAAAAUCAUUGCUAUGACCUGUACUCAUGCAGCCCUAAAACGACAUGAUUUAGUAAAGUUAGGUUUCAAGUAUGACAACAUUUUAAUGGAAGAGGCUGCUCAAAUCCUAGAGAUAGAAACUUUUAUACCUCUUCUUCUACAGAACCCUCAGGAUGGUUUUAGCCGACUAAAACGAUGGAUUAUGAUUGGUGAUCAUCACCAGUUACCUCCAGUCAUUAAGAACAUGGCCUUUCAGAAGUAUUCAAACAUGGAACAAUCUCUGUUCACUCGCUUUGUCCGUGUUGGAGUUCCCACUGUGGACCUUGAUGCCCAGGGGAGGGCCAGAGCAAGCUUAUGCAACCUCUACAACUGGCGAUACAAGAAUCUAGGAAACUUACCCCAUGUGCAGCUUUUGCCAGAGUUUAGUACAGCAAAUGCUGGCUUGCUCUAUGACUUCCAGCUUAUUAAUGUUGAAGAUUUUCAGGGAGUUGGAGAAUCUGAGCCUAAUCCUUACUUUUAUCAGAAUCUUGGAGAGGCAGAAUAUGUAGUGGCACUUUUUAUGUACAUGUGUUUACUUGGUUACCCUGCUGACAAAAUCAGUAUUCUAACCACAUAUAAUGGGCAAAAGCAUCUUAUUCGGGACAUCAUCAACAGACGAUGUGGGAGCAAUCCAUUGAUUGGAAGACCAAAUAAGGUGACAACUGUUGACAGAUUUCAAGGUCAACAGAAUGAUUAUAUUCUUCUCUCUCUAGUACGAACCAGGGCAGUGGGCCAUCUGAGGGAUGUUCGUCGCUUAGUAGUGGCCAUGUCUAGAGCCAGACUUGGACUUUAUAUCUUCGCCAGAGUAUCCCUCUUCCAAAAUUGUUUUGAACUAACUCCAGCCUUCAGCCAGCUUACAGCCCGCCCACUUCAUUUGCAUAUCAUUCCAACAGAACCUUUCCCAACCAGUAGAAAGAAUGGAGAAAGACCAUCUCACGAAGUACAGAUAAUAAAGAAUAUGCCUCAGAUGGCAAAUUUUGUAUACAACAUGUAUAUGCAUUUGAUACAGACCACACAUCAUUAUCAUCAGACUUUAUUACAGCUACCACCUGCUAUGGUAGAAGAAGGUGAGGAAGUUCAAAGUCAGGAUACAGAAUUGGAAACAGAAGAAGAGGCCAUGCCUGCUCCAGCUGACAUCAUGCCUACUCUAAUGGAUGCCAGCUCCAGUCAAGAAGCCUCAGCCUCUCAGACUGAACCCACCUCCAAUGAGACUGAGACCACCUCCAGUCAGACAGGAGCUGAUUCCAAUCCAGAAGCCACCCCUGCCGAAUCUAAGAUCACUGCUACUGCGGCAGGACCUGUAGCUACACCAGCAGAGAAUAACACCCCUCCUGAUGCCACAUCUGCCCCUGGAGAAACCAAGUAGCCAAACUGUAGCCCUUCUUAGGGAGGACAUUUCAUUUAUAAAGUCUAGGUAAAGUUACUUUUUGCUUUUUUGUAUAUGCGUCUGCCAUUUUAAUGGUACUAAUUAAUACUAAGUUGUUUUUGGUAGCUGAUCUCAAUGUUUAUCUUCUUGGAUAUAUUUUUUAAAAUGUGUUUGUAUGAACAACUCCAAUUUUAUUUGUUCAGCCAGAAAGUAAAUAACCAUCUCUUUUAUAUUUUGAUCAUUGAGUGACUAUAUCUGUAAGCAUACCUGCAUUAAAAGAGUUUUCUGGAGUUCCCAUUGUGGCUCAGUGGUUAACGAAUCUGACUAGGAACCAUGAGUUUGCGGGUUCAAUCCCUAGCCCCGCUCAGUGGGUUAAGGAUCCAGCGUUGCCAUGAGCUGUGGUGUAGGUUGCAUACUAAGCUGUGGUGUAGGUCACAGAUGUGGCUCGGAUCCUGAGUUGCUGUGGCUCUGACAUAGGCCGGCAACUACAGCUCCAAUUAGAUCCCUAGCCUGGGAACCUCCAUAUGCUGCAGGUGCAGCCCUAGAUAAGACAAAAAAAAAAAAGAAAGAAAGAAAAAAGAGUUUUCUAUAGAAUAAUUGUUCACAUUUUUAGUAAACUUCUCUAAAGAAAAGGACAAAAUAUACUGGAAUUAACUAUAAAUGACCUUAAGCAAAUGUCCGUAUUGGGGAGGAAAUCAUUUCUUCUAGCAUAGUAUAAGGUGCUCAAGUAAUUUUUUUUUUUUUUUUAGGGCCACACCCGCAGCAUAUGGAGGUUCCCAUGCUAGGGGUCAAAUCGGACCUGUAGCUGCUGGCCUAUGCCACAGCCACAGCAAUGCAGGAUUCGAGCUGUGUCUGCAACCUACUCCAUAGCUCAUGGCAAUACUGGGUCCUUAACCCACUGAGCAAGGCCAGGGAUCAAAUCCGCAACCUCAUGGUUCCUAGUCAGAUUUGAUUCCUCUGUGCCAUGAUGGAAACUCCCAGUAAUUUUUUUAAUUCCUCCUUUCUUUGCUGUCUUCCUUGAUGGAAAGGCGUUAACACCAUUGGAAAUACAUGUUCCAGUCCAUCAAAAAUGUUACAUGUAUUUCCCUCCCCCAAAUCUCAGAAUGGGUUAGAAUGAUCUAGAAUAACUAUUUAUUCUUGGGGCCGGUCCAGACCUAAUGAAUCAGAACCCAGGAACUUGCAUUUUUGCAGGUGCUACACCAGUGUUUGAGUUACUGGCCAAGUGGAAUCAGAUAAGGCUGCCAAGUGAGGCUGAGCCAAGAUAUGUCAUUCAGCUACGCAAGAAGAAUCUGGCAGAUCCAUCUAGGCAGGAACAAAGAUCCAGAUUUUGGGCAGUGAGAAUCUGUGAGCUUAAUUAACUCCAGUGUACAUGAUGGAUCUCUCCCUGUGCAGAGGUUCUGAGUUUUCUGCCCUGUUUAGUUCUCUUCUCUCCCUGUCCUAGUUCUCAGCUGCAAGGAGACCUGAAGGUAAAAUGUGUUCCAGGUUUGGGAAGGUGAUGGUACUAGGACCUUGCUACUCAAGUGUGGUUUGCAAAUCAGCAGCAACAUCACAGCUUUGAAACUUGUUAGAAAUGCAGAAGUUUGGGCUCUACCCCUGACCUGUUAAAUCUGAAUCUAUUUCAUCAAAGUCUUCAGGUGAUUCAUAUUACUUUGUAGUUUGAGAAGCAUUGUACCGAGAUGACCAUGCUGUCCUCAUGUCAGUGAGAAGUAGAAUGAUGAUUCUGUGAUCGUAGAAUUGACAGUGAGUGUGACUGAUGUUUUCUGACAAGGGAUCUCUGCUUAUAAGUCCCAGAGCGUGGUGACCAGAGAAGAGGUAGAUAUGUCUAUGUGGGGAGGGUGAAAUUGCCCAGUAGUUGUCUCUUCACCAUUCUCACAUCUGCUAGAGUGGCUAAGAAGGGAGCAUUUCCCCAAAUUGUCUCCUCUACUGCAUCUACCUCUAGGCUUGACCAUGUCCAAUGAAGCUUUGAAGAAUUAAAUGAGAAUUGCACACUGCCAGUGAAA